AUGGCAUCACCAGCCGUAGAGGCAAAUGUGCCUGCUCCUGACCUCAAUGGGCCUGCUGUGGCCAAUUCUGUCGAUUUCCAAGCGAAAUACGAAAAGGAGCGCAGUAAACGACUCAGGCCCGAGGGUUACCAGCAGUACAUCGAUCUACACCAGUCCGAGCAGCAUCGCCGCUUCAUUGAGGAUCCUUGGAUAGAAUCAGGAUCUCCAAUCAAUACACCAAUCAAAACCGGUGGACACACCAAGAUCCUGAUCGUCGGCGCUGGAUGGGGGGGAAUUCAGGCCGCUGUGAAACUGCUGCAAGCUGGAUUCACUACUGCCGACCUACUCCUCGUCGAUCCCGCCGGUGGUUUCGGUGGCACAUGGUGGUGGAACCGAUACCCGGGUCUGAUGUGCGACGUGGAAUCUUACGUGUACCUCCCUUUCCUCGAGGAGAUGGAGUACAUGCCUAAAGACCGAUAUGCAUCUGGGCUGGAAAUCAGAAAGUACGCUGAUGUGAUAUGCUCCAAGUACGGCCUGCACGAACGAGCCAUGUUUCAAUCAAGCGUCGUGAAGACCGUGUGGGACGAAAACAAGAAGCAAUGGGAUACGACAAUUUCAAAGAAGCCGAAGGGAGGCCAACAAAGCGAGCACAAGGUCUUUGCGGAUUUUGUCGUCAUUGCUUCCGGAGUCCUCAACAAUCCCAAGCUUGCAGAUCUACCCGGCAUGGUAGACUUCCACGGGGAGAUGUUCCACACGGCUCGGUGGGAUUAUCAGUACACCGGAGGCACUCAGGAGAAUCCAGAACUCCACGGACUCAAGGGCAAAACGGUGGCUAUCAUCGGCACCGGAGCCACGGCGGUGCAAGCCAUCCCCUAUCUAGCACGAUACGCCGAUCAGCUCUACGUGGUUCAGCGCACGCCUGCGGCCGUUGAUGUUCGAGGGAAUCGCCAAACCGACCCAGCAACUUGGAAGUCCCAGAUCGCGAAGGAAAAGGGCUGGUGGCGCGCGCGAAACGCCAACUUUAAUGCAUUCGUGCAGAACCAUCCGGAUCCUCCUUCGAACGACUUUGUCAGUGACGGCUGGACGUCGAUGCCAUCGUACAGCGCGUUGAUUGGGACGCCGAAGCAGGUGACUAUGGACAACGUGCAACAACAUAUUGCCGAGCUCCAUACCAUGGAUUACCCCCGACAGGAGGCUAUACGCCAACGAGUUGACCAUGAAGUGCAUGACAAGGGCACAGCGGCAAAGCUGAAAGCGUGGUAUCCUGGUUGGUGCAAGCGGCCAUGCUUUCACGACGAAUACCUUCCCACCUUCAAUCACUCGCACGUGCACCUGAUCGACACGGAUGGCAAAGGGCUAGAUCGCGUGACAGAGAGGGGUUUCGCGGCCAACGGCCAAGAAUAUCCCGUCGAUGCCAUCAUCUGGAGCACGGGUUUCCGCUCUCCUAUCUUUGGCUCGCCCGCUGGCAAGGCGGACGUGCGGGUCAUAGGCCGCGACAACAUUGACAUGGAAGAACUGGCCGACAAGAAGGAAUUCCGCACGCUCCACAGUACCUGCGCGACGGGCUUCCCGAACAUGUUCUAUCUCAGCGCGAUACAAAACAGCGUAACGGCGAAUUACAACUUCGUCAUGGACACUUCGGCCACGCAUGUGGCGUAUAUUCUCUCUACUGCUGUCGCUGACGCUGCUAAGGCUUCAUCAUCCGGCGGUGCCACAAACGGUGAGGCGAAAGCGAGACCAGUCAUCGAGCCGACCGCGGAGGCCCAAGAAGCAUGGGCCAACGAGAUCCUGGCCGGGGCCAUGGCGUUAGCUGGUCUGGGUGGUUGUACCCCAAGCUAUAUGAACCAAGAAGGCGAGACGGACAAGCUGAAGCCCGAAGAGGCCAUGAAGAUGGCUGCAGGGGGAACGUGGGCUAGAGGGAUGACCCCGUUCUUGGAAAUUGUUGAGCAAUGGAGGGCCAAGGGAGGAAUGGAGGGAUUGAGAGUAGAGUUUGUUCAUUAA